GAUGCAUCUCAUGAUUGUGUGAUUAUAUUUCCCGUUAUAAAUGCUUUGAUACUGCACAUGCAAUUAUUGUGUUGAUGGCCGCCCCUAAACAAAACUUUUUGUACCUGUGGCCUUAUAGGAAGCUAGAGGGCGCUGUUGUUGUGGUUGACCCAUUGCAUUAAAUAGUAUACGUGAUACAUGUACAUCAUCAUACUCAAUCAUGUCCAGAAGGCAGGAAAAAAGUUCCAAAAAGGUUUUCCUUUUAUUCAUCUGACAGAGUGGCUGGGAACCUACCAGUAGCCAUGGCGGCUGGAACAUCGAAGGACUCAGUUCUGGAGAAGCUCAGCAGGAACCACCUCGAGUGCAGCAUCUGCGAAGAACGAUACUCCCAGCCCAAGAUACUGGCCUGCCUUCACAGCUUUUGCCAGAUAUGCAUUGAGAAAUACUACUACGCAAGAUACGCAGGCACUAACAAGAUCCCCUGCCCGGUGUGUCGGCAGGAGACGGUAGUUCCAGAGCAGGGCAUCUCAGCUCUCAAAACAAACUUUUUCAUCACCAGCCUGAUGGCGGAUAUUGAUCUCCAGCGGCAGGUGGAAAAGGAUACGCCGACUUGUGGGAUCUGUCAAAAAGCUAAAGAGGCCAGCCAGCGAUGCCUGGACUGCUCCAAGAACAUCUGCUCAGCCUGCCUCCAAGCACACCAGCAAUUCCCAGAUUUGUCAAGCCACACUGUGGCAACCGUGAAGGACAUUCUAAAGGGGAAGGUUGCCGGCAGGAAGCGAAAGCACCCUGACGUGCCCAGCUGCGACAAGCACCCAGGAGAGGUGAAGCGCUUCUUCUGCGAGAAAUGUGACGUGCUGAUCUGCAGGGACUGUACGGUGGUGGAUCAUCCACGCUCUGCCGGACAUCAUUACAGUGAUUUAAACGAUGCUUCACUCGGGCGCCGGCAAACACUCAAAGCAUCCAUACAAACACUGGAACAAAACAAAGCCCGACUGAAGGAGUCCGUAACGGCCACCGAUGACAUCAAGGCAACGCUGACACAAAACUGCGCAGCCUCCAAAAAGGAAAUACAAGACAGCGCUGAACAAAUGAGGGCAAAAAUAAAAAUUGAUGAGGACUUCUUCGUGGGUGAAAUUGAGACACUGAAGAAAGAUCGGAUGGAAAAGUUGCACGCACACUCCGAGGAACUGCACACGUUGUUGAAGAGAUGUGACCAUUCUGCAAAGACGGCAACGGACAUUAUUGAUACAGCAUCCAACGCCGACUUUCUCUCUCUCUAUCCAGAAAUCAAGAAAGAUUUGCAAGUUCUCGGCAAGGCACCUUCACAAGUUGACGGAGAGCUUUCAUACCUCAAGUUCCAGCAGAAUAAGACGGCUGACGGGAUCAGUCUUGGAAAGUUAGUGACAAAAUCGAUGCGUACGUCCCAAUCAUGGCCUGCGAUUCAAACUGGCUUGGCGAUUCCAACUGACUUUAAAUUUAAUAGUAGGUUUAGGUUUGUUACUAGUUCCGGUUCAUCUGGCUCUGGUAUGUACUAGUACCACUUCAUCUGGCUCCGGUAGUGUGUUUGGUACUAGUACCACUUCAUCUGGCUCUGGCAGUGUGUUUGGUACUAGUACCACCUCAUCUGGCUCCGGUAGUGGGUUUGGUACUAGUACCACUUCAUCUGGCUCUGGUAGUGGGUUUGGUACUAGUACCACUUCAUCUGGCCCUGGUAGUGUGUUUGGUACUAGUACCACUUCAUCUGGCUCUGGCAGUGUGUUUGGUACUAGUACCACCUCAUCUGGCUCUGGCAGUGUGUUUGGUACUAGUACCACCUCAUCUGGCUCCGGUAGUGGAUUUGGUACUAGUACCACUUCAUCUCUCUCUGGUAGUGGGUUUGGUACUAGUACCACUUCAUCUGGCUCUGGUAGUGGAUUUGGUACUAGUACCACUUCAUCUGGCUCUUGUAGUGUGUUUGUACUAACUAGUACCACUUCAUCUGGCUCUGGUAGUGGGCUUGGUACUAGUACCACUUCAUCUGGCUCUGGUAGUGGGCUUGGUACUAGUACCACUUCAUCUGGCUCCGGUAGUGUGCUAGGUACUAGUACCACUUCAUCUCUCUCUGGUAGUGUGUUAGGUACUAGUACCACUUCAUCUCUCUCUGGUAGUGGGUUUGGUACUAGUACUACUUUAUCUCUCUCUGGUAGUGGGUUUGGUACUAGUACCGGUUCAUCUGGCUCUGGUAGUAGGUUUGGUACUAGUACUGGUUCAUUUGGCUCAAGCAAAUCAGAGUUUUCAUAAUCAAAAAUAUUAUCCGUUUGAUUAUUAGCUAAGAGCCCACACUACACAUUCAACCUGGCGUGUACAGUAAGCAAUACAAUGUCUGGCGUUGAGGGUGUAAACAUG